CAGUCGCCGCAGUCGCAAUUUUCCGGUCGCAGCGAACAGACGCGUUUCCAUAUCGCUCCGUCGAGAGAGACACGGAUUUGUCGGCCGUUAGAAGUAGCUUAUAGUGGCCCAUAACGAAAUAGCAUCUCAUCAUCUUAGCCCGAAACUCCGAACGACUUGACCACAACAAGUGCGAUUGUUUCAUUUUCAUACAGUUCAUAGCCGCAGAGCAGUGUGCCACUCGGUCGCCGGUGUCCAGUGCCCUCGCCCUCCCCUUUGGCAGGUGUUGUUGUUACAGGUGAAAUUUCGCGUCGCGCCGUCGUGCCGGUUAGAUUAGCCUGACACCUUCGCUUCGCUACGAUUUCGAGAGUGCCCGCGCCAAAAAAUCCCGCUAAUUGGCUUGAUUUUCCUACCAUCUAAUAAAUAUCAAGUUUCAAUAAACGCCGUGUUUCGCUGCCAGUGGCGGAAGCAAGUAUAUAUAUCCGGACAUAGAAUAUAUACAUUUGCUAUUUGGCAACAGUCCAUCAUCGAGGGAGCUCUGCCUAUUUGCAUUUCAAAUUGUUUGCACUCUCGACAGCAAAGAAAGAAAAAGAUUUGUGAAUUUCUGAUCUGCGAGGGGAACCAAAGGCGUCUAACCAAAAGCCCGUCUUUGGCCGGUUGAGCGAUGUAAGCAGCGGCCACAGAAAAAAACGAGAUCAUCCGAGGAUUCAUCACCAGAUACAGGAAGAACAGUAUACAAAAAAAAAACCCCAUUAGUAACCGCCAGUAAACAGCAGAAGGAUCAUCAGGAUGAGUGGCAGCCAUAAAAUGUGGUGCUGUCAAGUAUUUAUCUUAGUUUUAUUUGCACACACAAUCCCGGCGGAGCUCCAUGUCAGUGCAGCGAGUGCCGGCAUCAGCUUCGAUGGUCCCUCGCCGGCCCAAAGUCCGGAUGCCUUAGCUCCAACGGCAAAGCCCAGGCGACGCAUGUAUGCCAUGUGCCCGCCGCAAUUCCAGCGCGUGGGCACCGAUUGCUACUCGCUGGUGGAGCAGCGCAGCAGCUGGCUGGAGGCGCACUUCUUCUGCAAGGAUAAAAACGCCAAUCUCACGGAGCCGGGCAAGCAUGCCGACCGCAAGCUCAGGCAGUUCCUACAGAAGCAGGACGCUCUGUCUGGAGAACGUGAUCCCAUCUGGCUGGGUGCCACCUAUGACCACCACAACAACAAGUGGCUGUGGAGCAUGAGCGGACGCAACUUGUCCUUCAACGCCUUCAGCCAAAAGGAUCCCACCUAUGUGCAACUUAUCUCCAACAGCAACCCGGUGGACAAUAACUGUGCUAUCUACGACCCGAGCCUCAAGUACCGCUGGUCAGCGCGUCCCUGCUCGGAUAAGUUGCGCUUCAUCUGCCAGCACAAGAUGCCGAAGGUGAGCGGCCCCAAUCGCUACAAAAUCUACAAUCGAUGGAACGCCACCUAUCCGAACGAGCAGGCCAACGAGGUGGUCCUGGAGAUUAUCGAUCCGCAUGACAACGAUCGCAGAUACCAUCGCCGUGUUAAGGCCGAGGGCAGCGACGAGGAGAUGAUCAUUCCCGCCCGCCGGCGCAAUAAUAAUAAUCGACGCAACAAGCAGCAGAGGAACCCGCAAAGGAACCGUCAGAACCAGAACCAGAACCAGCACCCCAAUGAUGUCAACUAUCAGCCAUCGCAGAUACGCAAACGACCUCGUGUCUCCACUGUUGCACCGCCUGUGGCUUCAUCAGCCGCUAAUCCUUCCAACGAUGUUCUGGCCCCCUCACCCACUCCCCAGCAGAUGACGCAGUACGACCGGAAGCUGCAGCGCCAGCGGGAACGUGAGCGUCGUCGCCAGCAACGCAAGAAGGAGCGCCAGGCUUUGGUCCGGCAGCAGCGUCGCGAGAAGCAACGUCGCCAGCGGGAGGAGCAGCAGCGUCUCCAGCGGGAGGAGCAGCAGCGUCUGCAGCGGGAAGAACAGCAGCGUAUGUUGCGGGAGGAGCAGCAUCGAAGACAGCAGGAUCAAGCGCCCAAGUCGCAAGAGGUUGAUGAACUGCGUCAGCGCUCCAGCGAAGACAAGGGAAACACCAACGAUAAGCUAAUGGAGGAGAAGGAAAAGCUGCGACAGGAGGAACAGGAAAAACAGCAGCAAGAGGAGGAGGCGCGGAAGCUUAAGAAUCAGCAUGACCACCAGCAGCAACAGCUGAAGCACCAGGAGCAGCAGCUUCGCGAACUGAAGGCGAAGCAGCAGCGCGACCAACAGGAACGGGAAUACCAGCAGCAGCUUCGUGAACGGGAACUGGAAGUGCUGAAGCAGCACCAGGCCGAGGCGGAGCGCCAACGGGCCGCCGACGAGGAGGCCGAGAAACUCCGCCAGGAGCGUAUCCAGAAACAGCGGGAGCUGGAGGCCAAGGAGCGACAACAACGGGAGGAGGAGCGUCGUAAGCAGCGUGAAGAGCAGGAGGAGCAGGACCGACUGAAUGCCGCCAAGCGGCUGGCCGAGGAGCAGCGGCAACGCGAGGAGUACGAGAAGCGACUGCAGCAGGCCAAGACGGAUCGGGAGAAGCAACUGGCCGAGGCACGCGAGGCCAAGCGCCGCGAAGAGAUGGAGCUGCAGGAGACGCUAAAGCGGCAGGAGAAGGAGCGUCAGGAGCAGAUCCGACGCGAGCAAGAGGAAGAGGAGAAGCGCCUGGAGCUCAAGCGACUGGAGGAGACGCGCAUCUUCGAGGAGAAGGAACUGAACCGGCUGCACGAGGAGAACCAGAAGCGCGAAGAGCUGCAACGCCAGCGCGAACGGGAGAUUGCGCAGCGUGAGGAACUCGAGAAGAAGCUGGCCGAGGAGGAGGCGCGCCUGGUUAAGGAGGUGAGCGCUGAGGCACGUGAGGUGAAGCAGCGCCUAGAAGAGGAUAUCCGCCAGGCGGAAGAGGCUCGUCUGGCCAAGGAAGCUGAGGAGCGGGCCGCCGAAGAGGCCAAGGCCGCCGAGCAGAAGCGCCGCCUGGAGACGGCCAAGAAGCUGGCCGACGAGGAGGUCAAGGCCAAGCUGGAGAAGAAGCGACAGGACUAUGCAAGCCGCAUCUCGGCCCUGAGUCCCGAGGACCAGAAGAAGUUCAUCGAGAUGCGGAAGCGGCGCAAGCAGCUCAAGGAGCAGAAGGAGCGCGAGCGCAAGGAGAAGGAGCUGAAGAGGAUACAGCACGCCAUGCGGCUCAACGAUGCCGAGUAGAACAGUCCUCGAUGCUUCGCUUCGAGGAUCCCCACGAGUCCGAACCCACAACUAACCAAUAACUAACACACGAGACACAUAUCGAUCAAAUUGGUUCCGCAUACGCACCGUUGCCCAGUCGACAACACACCUUUUCGAUUGCUUUUCUUUGUGCCAACGAUGCCGAAGAGAAACACACGCAAAAGUAUUAUUUACCAGAAGAGAUGAUGAUGAUAGAAAGGAGGCAUCCUUGACCGCUGCGAAGCUAAUUAUAUUCGGUUAAAAAGGGGAAUCAGAUUUCAGAUUGCAUUUCGAUCGAGCGCAGGAAACCAGCCCAAUCUCCAAGCACUUCGCUAAGCUCUUAGUACUGUACAGUAAAUAUAUAUACUAUAUAUAUAGGUCUAGGAUAUAGACACCACACACACACACACUUACGAUACACCAACGCACAACCGCACCACACCCCACACAAACAAAAACACACGGCAACCAGUCACGCACGUUUCCUUAAUAACCGAACUAGAAGUUAGCCACCAAUUUUAGAGAGAAACCCACAAGCCCCACAAAUCGAGGGAACUUUUAACUCAAGCACACGGAACUAGAGAAGAUGGAAAGGAAAGAAGAAGCUCCUCCUCCAGGCUCGGACCAGGUCCUGCUCCUGCUCCCACUCCUGCUCCUCCUCCUCCCACAACUCGUUUUGCCUAAGCCAAGCAAUACUUUACUAAGAAUCUUUUUGGAUAACAUCAUGGAUGGUUUGGCCAUUUUACUAACUUCUUAGGUUACAAAACUAUACUUUACACACACAUUUGUAUAUGUAAUAACUAAAAGUAUGUUUAAAUGUAAAUUUUUAUGUAUUUUUUAAUACCUCAACAACAACAACAUGAAAGAGAAAAAGGAAAAUUAUCGAACCCCCAAGGCGACUUUCAGUGCGUUCUUUGUUUCGUUCUAAAGAAUGAAAAUUGAAAGACGGGAAGGCCAAGGCGGUUGAGCAUAAUGAAAUCGAAAUGAAAAAGCAAUUUUAUAUAGCCAAGUAAAUGCAUUUUAAUAAUAGUAAACUAACC